AAAAUGUCUGGCUGUUUUGGAACAAAAAAGAAGCCAAUUUACCGCAAGAUUGUAAUUCUCGGUGACGGUGCUGCAGGAAAGACAUCGCUUUUGAACGUUUUCACCAAGGGUUACUUUCCUCAAGUAUACGAACCGACAAUCUUUGAAAAUUACAUACAUGACAUCUUUGUGGACGGUAACAGUAUCGAGCUCUCGUUGUGGGAUACGGCUGGUCAGGAAGAGUACGACCAGCUGCGUUCGCUAUCCUACUCCGAUACACAUGUUAUUAUGAUUUGUUUUGCUGUGGAUUCGCGUGAUUCUCUGGAGAACGUGCAGUCGAAGUGGGUUCCUGAGGUUGCAAACAACUGUGAAGGCGUCAAGCUCGUUCUUGUUGCUCUCAAGUGUGAUCUUCGUGGUGCCGACGACGACCAGGUCAAUCGUAGCAAGAUUAUUGACUACGAGGAGGGUCUUGCUGUUGCGAAGAAGAUCAACGCUGUUCGUUAUUUGGAAUGCAGUGCCAAGCUUAAUCGUGGUGUCAAUGAAGCAUUUACUGAAGCUGCCCGAGUUGCUUUGGCGGCUCAACCCAGAGGCGUCAAGGAUGCGGCAGACGAUGCCAAGGGCUCCUCUUGCACGCUUAUGUAG